UAGUGUUGUAUUACCAAGCCAGUCAUAAAAGCACCCUAGCCACAUUAAAUUUCGAAAAGCUGGGUUUUCAGCUCAAUUUUGUGUUUACCGGUGUAUAAACCAAAUCUUUCAACCAUUACCACUAAAGAGAUGCCCCCUAAGUUAAAAUUCUCUGAAGGAGAAAAGGUGUUAUGUUUUCAUGGGCCGCUUAUAUACGAAGCAAAAUGCUUGAAGUCGACGGUAACGAAGGAAAAACAGAUAAAAUAUCUUAUACAUUAUGCUGGCUGGAACAAAAACUGGGAUGAAUGGGUUCCAGAAAGCAGAGUGCUCAAAUACAAUGAAGCAAACGUGGCCAAACAGAAGGAGGUGCAAAAAGCCCACUCAGCACAGCCCGGUAAAUCCAAGAAGUCUGGCAAAAAAUCUGUGAAUGCCAAGUCUGAUAAGGAAGUGAAAGAUGGUGAUUCCAGAGCAAGUACUCCCAUAGGUGAAAUAACAAAAGGGGGUAAAACAAAAUUGGCCAGUACACCUUCCAGUGGUCAAGACUCCAGUUCUGAUGUCCCCAGGAAGAAGAGGGGUCGAUUGGACCCUUCUGUGGAGUCUGAGGAGCAGUUUUUAAGCAAGGUUGAAAUUAAAGUAAAAAUUCCCGACGAACUUAAACCAUGGUUAGUGGACGAUUGGGAUAUAAUUACGCGUCAAAGAAAAUUGGCCAACCUUCCGGCGAAAACUAACGUCGACCAAAUCCUUGACAACUACUUGAAUUACCGAAAAUCUGCCAAAUCGAACAACGCGAGCAAAGAAUCUGCCACCAUAGAAAUCGUGAAAGGAAUCAAGGAAUAUUUUAACGUAAUGUUGGGCACGCAACUUUUAUACAAAUUCGAGAGGCCGCAGUAUGCGGAAAUUUUGCAAAGCCACCCUGAUAAGCCCAUGUCGGAAAUUUACGGCGCCAUUCAUUUGUUAAGGCUGUUUGUAAAGUUGGGCGCCAUGUUAGCAUAUACGCCACUGGACGAAAGAAGUAUACAGCUGCUGCUGACAAACAUACAGGAUUUUCUUAAGUAUUUAAUAAAAAACAGCGCCCAGUUAUUUAGUUUACAAGAUUACGGCAAUGCUUCUCCGGAAUACCAUAGAAAAGCACUGUGAUAUGAUGAUAAGUAAUUUAGACUGAAUAAUUGAAAAAAAGUAGAAAAUUUACUUGGUUUCUAUAUUUUUUAUGUUUAAAUUUUAAUUUAACCCCAUUCUACAUUUUCAUCAAGCUUUUUAGUCCUAACUCAAUUAUUAAGUGGUAGAUUAUUAUAUUCUGAUUAAUUAAUUAUUUAAGAGUAAACUUAGCAUUGCCAUGUAUAACCAAUCUUAGGAUUGUUUUAAUUUGUUUAUUGUAUUAUACAAUCUACAUAAAUAAAUGUUUUUUUUAAUAAAGUAUGAAUUAUUUUUUACAAUCGGCCAAAAAAAG